AAAUUUGAAUCUCUCGACGGCCCACCGCAAACUCUAACGGUGGUCACAGGAGUUGUGUCAUGUUGCUGGCUGGUACAGAGUCGGUGGCACCGGCGGUAGCCAAUGUUUUUUCAGUGGGCUGGACCAGGUGGACAACCCGAUGUGUGCGGCAAACAAGAGGCAAACAAACCGAGAGAGCCUGGACGCAGCAGCGGUGAGGGCACGACCGGCAUGCCGGGACGCCUUGGGGGCGAGACAAAGCGUGUUCGGGAACUACCGAGCGCAGGAACGACGGCGGAGAGAGCAACAUGAUUAACACAAGGCAAGCUAUGCUUAACACAAGGCAAGCUUUAGGAGCGAAAAAUGCAUCAUCAGGCAUUGGCACAGAGGGGGCCAGGAGCCAGCCGGAGGCAGCACACACCUUCCCAAACAGGUGUCGUUACUUCGCUGCCUUCCGAUCCAAUCCCCGCCCUAUUCCUGUCUUGUUCACCGGCCAGCGUGACGUGAUGGGCGGCGGCUGUGUGGUGGAGCUAAUCCGGCCGGCGUUGCUGUGUGUCUGCUGUGCUGCUGUCGGCUGACCCUCUCACAGGCGACGAAAGAAUCACCGCGCAAAGAAAUUGCUGUACAACAAGUAGGAAAUUUCGGCGGGCAAUAAGAGAGAGAGCGAGAGAGGACUUGCGGAAAACGGCGGCGCUGAAACUGUCUUGGUCUGAGCUUUCCGAAACGCAUCAUUUGAUGUAUACAUGCAUCUUCUUCGUCGU